UUUGGGUUAUUUUCAGCAAAAAAUAUCUUUUGCUCGCUUUUCGAGCGCUUAUUUUGUACAAAAUGGUGUUUUGUAUGUGAAGACAAAGAAUGUCAGUGUUGAGUUUGAUCCCGGAAGAUAAACGUAAAGACCAAAGAAAGGAAUCCCUAGAGAGUGUAUACAGCAGUAACUCUCGGCUGAACUUACUGAACAAGCGCAAACGCAUCAACCCUCUCACUAUGGACGCGUCCAACACUUCCCUGAGUAAGGCUGGGGACAGAUAUGUGACACAGCGAGUUCUGUCCGCCAAGACGCAUCGGGUGAAACAGCUGCAGAAUCAGUUGUCUGAUGCGCACUAUCAUUUGCAGGAACUGAGCAACGAGAACAGAGUAUUACGUGCCAUUCAGAAGAAACAAGAAAUAGCAUUACAAAGGUAUGAAAAUUCGAACGCUGAACUGCCAACGGUACUAAACUCGCACAAUGAAGAAAUGAGGAUACAGCAAUCGAGGUAUAAACAGUUGAAGCAGCAGUUCAAGGAAGUCACAGCCAAGUUGAAGGAGAGAGACAUGCAGCUGCAGCAGUUGAAGGAUGAACAUCAGCAUUUGUUGGAGCUGAGUAAAGACAGAAAUCUACUAGAACGUGAAAAACUCCAAGCCCAAGUAACGGACCUAAGUUCUAAAGUUCAGCAACAGAAUGAGACGAUCACGAUGCUACAACGUCGCAUAGCUCUCGAAGCGAAGAACUUUAGACAUCAGCUGCAGACGGAAAUCAAUAAGCAUAAGGACACGAGACAUGAUCUGGACCUGGCUAUCAAUAAUGCUGAUAAACUUACUACUAUUAUUGAGAUGAAAGAGAAAAUGCUAAGCACAGCAGCGAGUAGAACCCUCAAAUCCCCCGUCAAGACGUCAUCUGGGACGAGCAUAUCUAAACAAUCAACAAACAAGGCUAGAUCUGAAACUGACACAAGCACUACACGAGCGAGAGACGACAGAAUUAUGAUCGAGCAAAAUAUAAUGGCGAAACUGUGUGAGAACUCUCGUAGCCUGAGCAGUGCGCUAUCUCACGAUGAAGAGACUUCAUCAUCCACCGAACCUCGCUCCCGGUACGCCAGAAGUAGAUCCAACUCCACUAUAUCUCGAUCCACUCCCACUCCUGGAGCAAGAAAAAAUUCUAAAGGCUCCGAUGAAGUUAUGGAGUUAGCUAAAACUGUACAAGACGGAAUGGCAGAUCUCGCAAUAUUCGACGACGAUGACUUGAGAACUUCACCAGAUGAAUUACAUAUGAAAAUGGAAGCAAUGAAAACAGAACUAAUGAAUAAAAUUAAAAGCGAUGAGACUCCUUCUAGGAAACCUAGUGCACUAAGGAGAAAGUCAACAGAAGAAUCUAUUGAAGAACAAGAGGAAAAUGAAGAACUAGAACGUCCAAAAUCUAGAGGAAGAAGAAAUUCUAAUGUGUCCUUUUUCGAAAAAUCUGCCAUUGAAGAUUCUACCACAACAGUGGCCAUACACGAAGGAGAAGUAGAAAUGAAAUUCAAACGUGAAGCUAGUGCCUUAGAACGUAAAAUUGCUGGCAAACCAAUAGAGAAAUACUGCAAAGAUAUCAUCCAAGAUAUAGAGAAAAGCAGCAAAGUUAUUGACAAACACAUGAAAUGUUUCAACCAAUCGAGAUUCGAGAGCGACAAACUAGUUCAACAGUUGGAAGCCGUUGAUAAAAUAAAUGAAUUUGUGAAUGCAAAUGGAGAAAUACCAGAGUCAGCUUUAAAUGAACUGAAUAAUAACUUUAAGAUGUUGACUGACCAAGUGUUUACUGAUGUUAUUCCUGUUGGUAGGAAGCGGUCAAUCUCUGGUAGAAGGGGCUCACGGGAAUCUAAGACAAAUUUACUUGGUGACGCGAAUCUGACGAACCAGGAUUUAUUGGACGAUUUGUUGGGGAAGAAAUGAUAUACGGCCUUAGAAUUUAAAAUUGUCCACUCUCAGAGCGGAGACUAGUGUUUCGUGAUUCCCGCUGCGGUGGGUAUUAAUCUAAUUAAAACAACUUGACUCGAAGAGACUCGCUUUGUAACUAAUUGGGUAGUUUACUCAGACGGCGACUUCAUUAAGAUAAACCAACAUUUUUAUUAAAUUUGCUUCUAUUACAUUUUUAUUCUGAAAAGUCUCUUGAGAUUUUAAUUACUCUUACAGCUUUGUUUCGACAUUAUACUCUGGAAUUAUGAAUAAUAAUUAUGUUAGUGGCAGUUUUAUAAUGAU